AUGCUGUCUACUACAUUGAUCACAUUUCUAUUACGUGCUCCAUCCGAUGUCAAAAAGGUCGAACUAUUAGGAUCAUGGGACAAUUUCUCCCGUCCCUACCCAAUGGAACGGGACAAGCGUAUGGGUUCCGGCCAUUGGCGAGGUUGCCAUACAUUCACCGACAUUAUACGUGAUGGAACUUCUCCCAGUCAAUCACCCGGCCGGACCGGAGGAUUAAAAAUGGGAGGGACUUAUUGGUAUUACUAUCGUUUAGAUGGAGACAUGGAGUUCUAUAACGAGGUCGAGCCCAUGACCUUACUCUGCCCACUACUGCCUGGCCAGCCCGUCAACAUCCUCAAUGUCCCCGUCAUCCUUCCCGACACGGACUACCUGCAUCGUCGUGACAAUAGUACUAGCUCGACCAAGUCAGAGAAACGCACAAUGGAUCCUGAUGAUAAAUAUAUGAAUCCCCGAACUCCGCCCAAGCCAAAGCCUGGGCUUCCGCGCUUGAAGACAUCCCCUCCAUUCUAUCAACAGACAACACCUUCGUCAUCUUCGCUCAGUUUCUCGAGCUCCAAUGAGGAGAGACCGGCCAUGUCUCAACCAUCCAGUUCGACUCACGGUCCCAUGUAUCGCCUUGUCCCAAGAGUCAAGCCCGAGAGAUCCGUGUCUCCUCCUCGCUCCAGAGGGUUACGGGCUGCAUUGCUAAACAUUGCAGGUGCUCGAUCUCCCGGGGAUCAUGUUGAUGACCGUGGUGUUAAUAGACCAUAUGAUGUUCAUCCGGUUGAUACUUUUGUGCCAUCCACCUCCACUUCAAACCCAAGUUCGAACUACAGCUCAAGGUUGGCUUCACCAAUGAGUAGUCCCGUCGAAUUUGACGGCAGAGAAAUUGGAAGAUUGCCUUUCCGUCACCCUCAAGUUGAAUCUGAACAGUCUCAGGGGCCGCCUUCGAUCCGGAUACGUCGAGCUUCAAAGUCUAGCCGGGAAAACACACCUUUGGCGCUGUCGCUGGAGAGUCACUCUUCGUCACGAGAAACAGGCAAGGUCGAAAUGUCUGGAUUCUCCCGCAAUGCUCCACUCGAAACUCUUGAGGAAGCACUCUCUCAGCAGGCUACGCCCGUUUUUCUCAACACGAGAGAGAAGAGACUUCCGACACUACCGAACUCACCAUCCUCAGUUCUGGACGCCGAGUUGCGCGCUAUUGAGGCUCGAUACAAACCACUAGACAUGGAGCUACUCUAUAGCCACUUCUCGGAUGACACUUCUUUUGAGGCGUCAAAACUUUACGAUUCUCCUCAGGAAAAUCCAGAAAAGAGCCGGUUUUCAGAAUGGAGUACUGAUACAGAACUCGUUUCUCCAGCAUCCAUGACAUCUUCCUCUACCUUUAAUGCCGAUCAGCUUUCUAAUGCCUCGCCAUUGCUCGGCCAUGAGUUCCAACACAAUGCCACCACUAAUAAUAAUUAUCAACUCGACGCACGUAUUCCUACUAUCGCUAUUAGUGGUCCAACUACACCUGCCCUUGGAAGCGCGACAGAAGUCGUUCUAUCUCCAACAGAGGUAGAUUCGGACCAUUCUCCUCUUUUGAUUUCAGCACACCCUUCCUCCGCUGCCGGCCAGUUGGGUUCUAAUUAUAUGCAUGAACCAUUUGAGUUUCCUUCAUUACAUAUCGAAGAUUUUGACGACACGUCUUUCCAUGAACCAGACCCUAAGCGACAGGGAGCUAUAUUACCGCUUAGCAUGGUUACUCCUCUAUCUAUUGACGAAUCUUCCUAUCGCCUGACGAGUCCUACUCAAAAGGAUCAUCAGUACAGGCUGUCUGAUGAUUAUACUUCUCAGUCAGCAGCGAUGCAAGAACUGAUGGACGAAAUCGGCUAUCUCGGUGAGAUGAUUUCGUCUGGACUAUAA